AUGUGGGCGCCCAGCCACAAAGAGGCGGCGCCGGACUCUAUAGCUGACAAAGCCAGCCGUGGGGACCAAGAAUGCCAGGACUGGGACGCCUUCUUCGAGGAGCUCAAUAACUUGGCGGCGAAGGGGGACGCGCUGGGCGUCAAAACCCUGGUGGCCCAGUGGACGAAGUGCGUGGGGAAGCACGGCGCCAAGGAGGCCAGCUGCGCGGCGGCGAGGAGCGGCCAGAGCGAGGCCCUGGAGGCGCUGCUGGACGCCGGGGUGAAGCCCUUCAUCGGGAGGAAUGACCCGGAGGUGAAUCCGCUCAUCCACGCUGUGGAGGGGAGGCACUGGGAAUGCGUGGUGCUGCUGGUGCCUCGCGCUCUCAAGUACAACUUCUCCACGCUGCUCCUGCAGGAGGGGAUGAUGGAGUUCGUUGUGGCCGGGGAUGUGGAAACCAUGCAGCUGCUGGUCGAUCAGCACAAGAUUCCAGGAAAUGCUUAUCUGCUCUGCGGCGCUUUGCUGGCUGGGCCCAACGAGAAGUCUCGCGAGAUGAUUUCGCUGCUGCUUGACACUGUCAAGGACCUCAAUGAGGUGAGCAGCCUGGAGCCAGGCGAAGAGAGCGGGUGCCGCAAGGGCUGGCAGCAGUUCGCGCCCAUCCACGCGGCGUGCCGGGCCAAGCAGCACCCCCUGCAGGAACACCUCGUGGAGCAUCUGCUGCGCUCCGGGGCGGUUUUGUCCGAGUGGGGCAAGGAGCUGAGUCUGAAGACCAGCUACGCCAAGCGCCUGCCGCUGCACUACGCGGCCGAGAACAAGGAAAUGCCCUUGAAGCUCGUGGAGAAGCUGGCCCAGGCAUACCCCGAAGCGCUCUUCGCGCACGUGAACGACCGCGCCGGGCGGGACGUGCCGAGCCAAUGUGCGAAGAAGCACAGCGAGGAGCUCCAGCAGUCGCUGGAGAAGCUCAUGUAUGAGCACAUCUGCAGCAGCUACGACGAGCUCAAGGACGCGGACGGGGAGUUCCUGCGACUCAUCCGCAUGGCGCUGCUCUUCGAGCGCGUGCGCACCUUGGAGCAGAGCCAACUGGGCGGACGCAAGGCCUCGGAGGUGGUGGAGGCCCUGCUGCCAAAGAAGUUGGAGGCCUUGAGCUCCGGGGCGGCGCGGGACUUUGCGGAGGAGGUGCAGCGGUUCGCGGAGGCCAACCCCCGGGUGAAUCUGGGCAGAGAGGAGGCGGGCAAGAUCAAGGUCAAGAGCAUGGCGGACAUCGGCUCGGUGUUGCGCAGCGAUUUCUGGGAGCUGCUGAAGCUGUUGGAGGUCUGCGCGGAUGUGCCGAAUUUGGGGGAGAUUUUGCGCCAGGAGUUGGAUGCGCGCAUCAGCUGGGUGGCUGGUGUGUGCAGCGGAGAAAAGAAGAUCAGGUCAGACGCGGCGCGCUACGGCAUGUUCAUCGUGGCGGGGCUGAUUUCCGAGGUGCUGGCUGGCAAGGCCUCCGGCGAUGCUGAUUCGGGCGCAGCAGUGCUGGCGGGGCUGGCGGCCGGGGUGUCGCGGGAGCACCUGCGGGCGGUGGCAGAGGCCUACUCCCAGGAGCUGUGUAUCCCCAGCGGCUGGAACCUCCUGGAGCUGUUGGAGAACGGCCUCAAAGGCGAAGGCAUCGAGCAGAUCGUGUUCUCUGGGGGAGACCUCGUGAUCAAGCAGCUGGUGCCCAAGGAGAGCCCCUGCUUCGAGUGGAUCCAGGGGCUGUUCGAGAACACCUUCCUGAAGCGUUACACGCGGGACCGCAAGAAGGGCAAAGUGCCGGAGGCCUUGGAGCUCCAGGCGGUGGAGCGCGUGCUGAACUGCGGGUCCUGGCUGGAGUACGCGACCAAGCGCAAGGCGGUUUCCUCGGAUCUCUCUGAGAAGGGCCCGGCAUGGACGGGGGAGCUGCGCACGGACGUCUGCACCAAGGGAACUGCGGAGAAGUGGUUCGUGUCCGAGGAGUUUCCAAGUGGCGUGAACGAGCACUGGCUCUACCACGGCACCUCCAUGGCCGGCGAGGAGGGGAUCACCGAAGGCGAUUUCCGGCUGAACCUGGCGGGGAGCAAUGCGGGCACUCUGUAUGGCAACGGAGUGUACUUGGCAGAGGCCGUGUCCAAGAGCGAUGAGUACACCACCCCUCAUGGCGAGACCGAGCUGCGCACCAUCCUCUUGUGCUUGUCUUGCCUGGGGCGAGUGAACUACAAUGACGAAGAAAAGCGCCCCGACGGCGACGAGUUGCAAGCGUCCUGCGUCAGUGGGGGUUUCCACAGCAUCCUGGGCGACAGGGAGAAGAUCCGGGGGACAUACCGCGAGAUUAUCGUUUUCAACGAGGACUUGGUGUACCCCGGGUACAUUUGCCGCUAUUCCCGAGUGAAAUGA